AUGGGCUUGGAAAAUACCAUUGCCCAGGAUAAAAACUCCCCGAGCCAAGAUCGUGCAAAGGCUAUGAUCUUUUUGUGUCAUCAUAUCGAUGAGGCACUGAAAAUGCAGUAUGUCACGCUGGAAUCCCCACUCGAAUUGUGGGAGAUAUUGAAAGAAAGAUAUGAUCAUUUGAGGCUGACAUUAUUGCCAAGGCUACGCCACUGUGGCGAAAAUAUAUCUGAAUAUGAUAUGAUGGAGAAAACUUUCUCCACUUUUCAUGCCUCUAACAUGGUUUUGCAGCAGCAGUAUCGCAAAAGAGGCUUCCAGAAAUAUUUUGAGUUGAUCACCUGUCUUUUGCUGGCCGAACAAAAUAAUGAAUUGCUGUUAAAGAACCACGAAUCUCGGCCGACAGGUGCAAAUCCAUUUCCAGAGGCAAAUGCGAUACAACCGGCAAAUCCGAUGCGUGGCCGUGGGCAGGUUAGAAAUCAAAGAAUUGAUCGCGAUCGAAAUCAGAAUCGCGGACGGGGCCGGGCAAACGCAUACAGUCACAAUAAUUAUCAAAAUAGACACCGAUAUGUGCCAAAUCGGCGUUACAAUGAUAGAAGGCCGUACAAGCCUCAACAGAGGAUCAACACCGGGAGAAACAUAAAUAAUGACGAGGAAUGCACCCGGUGUGGAAUCAAAGGCCAUUGGGCCCAUGUUUGUCGCACAGCCAGUCACUUGGCUGAACUGUAUCGGCCUCAAAAGAAAGACAUGGAAUAA